GAGUGACGUAUGGUACGUGCUACGGUACGCCACUUGUAACCAAGGGAGAAAAGCGCGGACAUUGAGAAUACUGGGGAAAUUGUAGGAACAGGAUCAUAACUUAAUUGAUUGUUGGAACAGAGUCCAAUUUCCUCUUCUCAUGUAAAGGCAUCAGGAGGUGUCUAACAUGGACGGAGAAUUAAGGUCAGGGAAGGAAAUUAACGAGGACAAGGUGCCUCAUCAUGGUGACACAGGAAAUGUCUCCACAGAGGAAAUGGAGAGUGGAGGAAGUCCUUCCCUAGCAAAGAGGCCCAGGCCUGAUGAUGUCACAGCUGACAGCACAGGAGAGAUUGAGGAGGACACCGGCGGUGAGGUGGCUGAUGGGAAGGAGUCAGACCAGCCCCCUCAGGCUGAGAUGAACAUUACCCCGGAGACAUGUUAUGGCUGUGCCUGUCCCAUCUGUGGCUUCGUGGCCAAAACGCCAACUUCCUUGAAGAUUCACUCCAAGAGGAAGCACACCGGUAGAGGAAAGACCAGGGGUGUGAGCUCAGCUGAGGUACUUGUUGAAAUAGAUGGCUCCACAACCGGAGCAACAGCACGGAGUUCAAAUUACAAGACAGGUGGAGACACUGAGUGGAAAGUGAGCAGCAGAGAGAGACAGCAGGAUGCCACAGAGAGUCAGGGCUCAGAGGCAGGAGGUUCUGAGGGGGAGGUGACUACAAUAAUAGCCAAAGAGGAAAUAGCUGAGAAACAAGGGACAGGGAGAGAUGCUUUUGACAGGAAGGUGACUCCAAUAGCUACAGAGGAGAUUGCAGAGGAGGAGCAAGAAAAGACCCCUGGUAAGAAGAUUGUAGGUAAACGGGGCACCAAGCCAAAGACUAUACAUGCUUGCAGCUACUGUGGUCACGAGUUUAAGGACAAGCCGAGCCUAGAUACACACAUCAAGAGACGCCACACCAAGGAGAUGAAUUACUUCUGUGAAUUCUGCUUGUACGCCUGUGUGGCAAAGUGCGACUACGAAAAGCACUGUCUUAGUAACAAGCACAACAAACGAGUCGCGGAAAGCAGGGAAUCCUCUGGCCUCGCGUCACCCACGGACAAGAAGACAGCCGAACAGGCUCAAAUCUUUGCCUCCACGACGACUCAGACCCGGGCGUCCAAGCGUGCGCUCGGUGCCAGGUUCCAGCUGCAGUGCGGGAGUUGCGAAUUCAGGGUCAGCAACUCUGCUUUGCUGGAGAGCCACGCUCGGCUAAAGCACCAUGGCGAGCAUCGCUUCCUCUGUAACGUCUGCCACUACUACACCGCUACAUCCGAGUGGAUGGACACACACGUGUCCUCGGAGAGCCACCAGCGUGUGGCUGAGGAGAAAAACGCAGGGUCCUCCUUCGAGGACUGCGUUGAGAAGGUGAGCAUAGAUGCGGUCGGUGACGACAUGCUGACAGAUGACGUGGCAGUAGGGGUCAUCGGACAUGAUGGAGAGCUGCACCCUGAUGUUAAUGAGGAAGCUGUUGAGGCUGCAAAGGCCGUGUUGGAGAACAUGGAAGAGCACAUGGACGAGAGAAUCCCUCCCAAGAGGAGGAGAGGCAGGCCAAAGGGGCCCGCUGCAACUACAUGUGAAUACUGUGGCCUUCUCGCCUCCAAUAGUACCAAUCUAAACGUGCAUAUUCGUCGUAAGCACAGCCGGCAGUACAGCUACACCUGCAGGCUUUGUUCUUACAACUGUGUGACGAAAGGCGACAUGGACCGCCACUGUGUCACAAAGAAGCACCUUAAACGCGUGGAGGAUGCUAGCAGCGAUGGCCAAGUGGACCUGGAUACAUCAGUGCAGGUCAUGAGUACAGAGUCAGGCUCUCUGGCCAGCGAGGGUGAGGCUAUACAUCAGAAUAGUCCAGUCAGAGGAGGGUCCAAAGGAGAGGGGGGGGCCACGGACAAAGAAGGGGAGCUGUCGCAAGACGACGACAAAGCACAAGUGAGCAGCCCGAAAAAGAGCAAGUACGACUUGGUCAACUCCUGCAGCCAUUGCAAGUUCGUAGCUCAUUCGAUUCCCUCCCUCGACCUCCACGUGAAGAGGAGACACACCCGGGACUUUGAGUUUGUGUGCCUGGCGUGCAGCUACUAUGCGGUCACGCGUCGAGAGAUGUCUCGCCACGCCUCCACGGACAAGCAUAAGCAGAAGAGCGAGGUCUACCUAGAGAACCUGGAGAGCUUCGUGGCGAAAGACCUGGCGCAGCCGGAGGAGGAGGCCAAGGAGCUGGGGAACAGAGCUGACCCUGAUGCUGACAACAAUGCUUGCACUGAGGAUCCUUCCCCUUCAGUGCCCCCUGACACAGACAUGGAGCAGCCCACUAACACAGACACAACUACAGACCAGCCUAACAUUAUAGACACAGACCAACUCACAGACACAGACCAGCUCAACAACACAGACACAGACCAGCUCCCUAUCAUCGAUACAGAGAAACCCACAGACACAGAUGCAGACCAACCUACAGACACAGACCAGCCCAACAACACAGACAAGGACCAGCUCCCUAUCAUCGAUGCAGAGAAACCCACAGACACAGACCAGCCCAACAAUACAGACACGGACCAGCUCCCUAUCAUCGAUGCAGAGAAACCCACAGACAAAGAUGCAGACCAACCUACAGACACAGACCAGCCCAACGAUGCAGACAAGGACCAGCUCCCUAUCAUCGAUGCAGAGAAACCCACAGACACAGACCAGCCCAACAACACAGACAUGGACCAGCUCCCUAUCAUAGAUGCAGAGAAACCCACAGACACAGAUGCAGACCAACCUACAGACACAGACCAGCCCAACGAUACAGAAUUGGACCAGCCCCCUUGCACUGAUACAGACCAACCCACUAACACAGAUACAGACCAAUCCAAAGACAUAGACCAGCCCAACAUCACUGACAUAGACCAGCCCAACAUCACAGACACAGACCAGCCCCCUAUCACCAAUACAGAGCAACCCACAGACACAGCUACAGACCAGCCCACAGACACCGAACACCCCACACAGACUUCUGACGUUUUGAGCAACGAGCAUGCAGCCCCAAUAGUGGAAGUUAGUGGCAUUGUUGUUGAAGAAAACACGGAGAUGCAGGUGGCUGGUGAGGCUUCCGGUGGUGGCGCAGAACAAACCAGCAACGAAGCCCCAGGUACAAUUGAUCCUCAGGUAGCACUAGCAGAAAUCACCAUAACACCGCCUGAGGAAGGCCAGAAGGAAGGGGCCGAGGCAGAGGCAGAGCCAGUCUGUUCCGACGACGACGUUGAGAUGGCAGAUGAGAAACCUGACAUCUCUUCCCCAGAGAAACAGCUCACCAGGGCACUGCCAUUCGACGCUUGCAUCGUACCUCUCAAGUCCUUGACUGAAGCCGAGCUGGCUCUGCAUGAAGAACGAAUGGCUCACUCUGUUGAAGACCAUUCUGGCCCGGCUGUAAGUGGCCUGACCGGGGCGGGCAGUUUUCAGAAGAUCAAAAGAACCAAACCUGUAGGGGCUUCAGGUCUGUCCAAGCGGUUAACUCCCAACCCCCGCAUCCGCUGCGAGGACUGUGGCUUCGUGGCGGACGGCAUGAGCGGCCUCAAUGUGCACAUCUCCAUGAAGCACCCGUCCAAGGAGAAGCACUUCCACUGCAUGCUGUGCGGCAAGUCAUUCUACACGGAGAGCAACCUGCACCAGCACCUGACCAGCGCCGCCCACCUGCGCAACGAGCAGGCCAGCAUUGAGGAGCUUCCGGAGGGCGGCGCCACCUUCAAGUGCGUGAAGUGCACGGACCCGUUCGAGACGGAGCAGGAGCUCUUCGUGCACAUCAAGGAGAAGCAUGAGGAGCUGUUGCGCGAGGUCAACAAGUACGUCCUGGAGGACACGGAGCAGAUCAACCGCGAGCGCGAGGAGAACCAGGGCAGCGUGUGCAAGCACUGCGGCAAGGUGUGCAAGAGCAGCAACUCCAUGGCCUUCCUGGCUCACAUCCGCACACACACAGGAUCGAAGCCGUUUAAGUGCAAAAUCUGCAACUUUGCCACCGCCCAGCUGGGUGACGCCAGGAACCACGUGAAGAGACAUCUGGGCAUGAGAGAGUACAAGUGCCACAUCUGUGGGUGGGCCUUUGUGAUGAAGAAGCACCUGAGCACUCACCUGUUGGGGAAACAUGGACUAGGCCAGCCCAAAGAGAGGAAGUUUGAGUGUGAUCUGUGCGACCGGUCGUUCAGUGAGAAGUGGGCUCUGAACAACCACAUGAAGCUGCAUACGGGGGACAAGCCCCAUAAGUGUGCCUGGCCAUCCUGCCACUACGCCUUCCUCACCCUGUCUGCCAUGAAAGACCACUACAGGACACACACAGGAGAAAAGUCCUUCCUGUGCGAUCUCUGUGGUUUUGCGGGUGGCACGCGACACGCCCUCACCAAGCAUCGCCGGCAACACACAGGAGAACGGCCAUUCAAGUGUCAGCUGUGCGGCUUCGCCUCCACCACCCAGUCCCACUUGACCCGCCACAAGCGCGUGCACACAGGGGAGAAGCCCUACCGAUGCCCCUGGUGCGACUACAGAUCCAACUGUGCGGAGAACAUCCGAAAGCACAUCCUGCACACGGGGAAGCACGAGGGAGUGAAGAUGUACAACUGCCCCAAGUGUGACUACGGCACCAACGGCCCCAUGGACUUCAGGAACCAUCUGAAGGAGCAUCACCCCGACAUCGAGAACCCUGACCUGGCCUACCUGCAUGCAGGUAUCGUGUCCAAGUCGUUCGAGUGUCGUCUAAAGGGCCAGGGAGCCACGUUCGUGGAGGUUGACACAGCGUUUGACGGGGCCUUCCCAGUGCGGAGGGUGGGCUCCAUGGAGGGGCUGGAGGGCCAGGAGGGUGUCCAGCAGGUGAUCAUCAUCCAGGGUUACGGCAGUGGGGAGAUGGCCUUCGACCAGGCCCUGGAAGAGUCAGCCGCUGCCACCCUGCGAGACCUGGCCAUGGCGGGCCAGGUGGCCGAGGUGCUCCACAUCACCGAGGACGGCCAGGUCAUCUCCUCGGGGAGGGAGGUGUCUGCAGGCGGGGCCCAUCACCUGGCCGGAGGCACCACCCGGUACGUCCUGCUGGAGUCCGGCGGGUCUGCAGCCGGAGGUCACAGGGGUCACGGGGGAGGGGCGACGCACCACCACAUGGUGUCGGAGUCAUCCACGGCUCUGGAUGCCCUCCUCAGUGCCGUCAGCGAGAUGGGCCAGCAGGAAGAGGACAGCCAAGAGGUCAUGACCCAGGAAGUUGUGUCAGAGGUGGUGGAGGAAGAGGAGGAGGUGGAGGUGAAGACGGAGGAGGAGGUGUGGGAGGAGCAGCAGGUGCAGGAGGAGCAGGUGGUCCAGGAGGUUCUGCAGUUUGCAGCCAGCCAUCUGAUGAAGGAGGGGCUGACGCAGGUGAUCGUCAACGAUGAAGGGACCCACUACAUCGUGACGGAGUUGGAUGACAACACCCUCCAGGUGGAGGGGACCAUGUACACCCAGCACCAGGGAGGGGAGGACGACCAGCAGAGCGAGGGACUUUCAGAAGGCCAGGCUGGGGAGAGGAUGGUCUACUACCUGGAUGGAACGCCACACAAUGUGGUUCUGGAGAAGGUGGAGGUGGACUAGUCAGUGACCGUGGCGAGAAUCUCAUCUGGAUUUCCUUGAUUCCUCGAGUCCUCUCCUCACCUCCUUCUCAAAACCCGUUGGAUAAGAAGUUAUAGGGGAGUGACCUCUGUCUGACCUUUUCAUCCAUUGGGUUGGAGAAGGAGGCGAGGGGAGAGAAUGCAGUUGAGACUUUCCCUGUGUGAAGACCAAAUGUCCAGCUUAAAGCCCCUAAGAGUCUUCCUCUUUGUCUCUUUCAUUGAAAAUGUCAUGUUUUUUUUUUUUACAUAGCUUUAUCUCCGUUUUGCAAUGAUCAACUCAGGAUAACAUUCACAUCUAUAGAGUUCUAGUUUUCCUUUAAGUAGUGAAUUAGUUUGCAAUUGUAAGUUAAAUUAUUAUUUUUGGUUUGUUUAUUUAAAAAGGUACAUUAAUGGAUCUGUUUUGAUAACAGACACCUUGCUUUCAUACCUUGCUGAAUUUAGGACCAAUAGCAUUUUGGACAUCGAAAAUAUCCAUGCUGCUGAUUGGUCUAAAUCCAGGGGCAGUCCACUGAUUGGCUUUGUUUUCAGCAAUUCCUAAAUAUGGUCAGAACGCUGAUUGGUCUGAAUCCAGGGGCAGUCCACCUGUUUUUCAGGAUGUUCUCAAAAUGUCACGGUGCUGACAUUGUUUUGCAUCAUUAUUAAGUUCUCUCAUAGUGAGUGUCUUUGACCGUCAAAAUAGGACAAAUGAAUUGGAUUGCCACAGAAACAUGCGUUUGACAGAAUAGCUUGGUGAUGACACAACAUUUAGUGAGUUUCUGAUAAUCAUAAUUCAAUUAAAGUUGCUAAGUAUUUUUUUCCAUUGGUUAUUGUAAAUACAUGUUUCUGUAAAUGAAAUUGCAAUGAGACUUGCGUUUGACUAAUGACAAUAAAGCUCAGUCUUCAUUUUUGGAGGGUUGCUAGUUCACCUCAAGUUUUCUAUGACAGUGUUACAAUCUCCUAUUCACAUCAACCACAUGAACGUACAUGCAUCAACUGACAUAGGAGCUUUGACCAAGUGUGUUUCCAAUCACCAUCAUCAU